AUGAAAUACAACGCCUUGGCCGUUAUGGCCCUCGCCAACGGCCUUGCUCAAGCCCACCGUUUAAACUGGCAGAGCGAGUCCCAAACUGUUGUCAAGCAUGAGCACACGGAGUCUUCUGGCCCUGCCUUCAAGAUUGAUACCAGUGAAAAGCACGACAAGGACGUUACUGACGAGAUCGAGAAGAAGGGUGAUGGUGAGCACGUGGAGCUCGUCAUCGGAGGCUCCAAGAGAGAUGUUAAAUCCAAGGUUUCCGCUUCUACCGAGGCCGAGAAGAAGAAGUUGAAAGAAUUGAAGGAGAAGUUAAAGGAGAUCGAGGCUGAGGAAAAAGAAGAGGAAGAAGAGGAAGAAGAGGAGAAGGAGAAGAAGCACCACUACGACGACCCUUAUCCCCAUGACCCUGUCGUCACGUCUUACCCCAAGCACUACAAUCAUGGCCAUCGCUACGAGGGCAAGAAGUAUGAUUUUACCCACGAGCCAAAGGUGUACCAUCAUACAUCUGUCAUCUACCACGAGCCCAAGCUCAGCCCAGACUGCCACGGCGAUAGGUGCGAUCGCAAGCCUUGCAACAAGUGCCAUGGCAACUGGGCUCAGCCUGGCUGCUGGCACUGCAAGAACCAUGAGCAGGAGAACGCCGAGGAGGAAAAGUACGAGAAGGCGACCUCUACUGACGAGGCUGCCCCUAAGAAGACCAAGGGCAAGUAUUAUAACGCCAAGACUUACACCUACGGAGACCGCACCAUCAUCGUCCCCAAGGAGACCAAGGCUCCUAAGCCCGAGGAGACCUACAAGAAGGAGGGUCCUAAGAUCGUUGUUGUCGAGAAGCCUGUCGUUGUCGAGAAGCCCAAGCAUGAGUACACCAAUGAGAAGCCUAAGGUUGUCGUCGUCGAGAAACCCAAGCACGAGUAUCCCAAGGAGGAGCCUAAGGUUGUUGUCGUCGAGAAACCCAAGCACGAGCACGAGCACAAGCACAAAGAGGUAGACAUUUGCAAGCAGGUCGGACAGCACAAGCAUGGAGAGAGCCCCUGCGACAAGAUCCAGCACCACAAGCAGGAGCAGCCUAAGCCCGAACCCCCCAAGGUUCAUUACAAGAAGCCGGAUAUCAUCUGCGAAGGAGGUUGCAACAUCCACCAGGGCGCAGCACCAGCUCCAGCUCCUCCCCAGCCUGAGCAGAAGAAGUAUGAGGAGGUCAAGCCUGUCCCUGCCCCUGCUCCCGCUCCACAGCAGCCCGAGCACCACUACGGACAGCCCAAGCCAGCUCCUAUUCCUGCUCCCGCUCCCGCUCAUCCUCAGCCUGAGCAGAAUAAGCAUGAGGAGAUCAAGCCCGUACCCGUACCUGCUCCUGUCCCUGCUCCUGCUCCUGCUCCUCAACAGCCUGAGCAGAAUAAGCAUGAGGAGAUCAAGCCCGUACCCGUACCUGCUCCUGUCCCUGCUCCUGCUCCUGCUCCUCAACAGCCUGAGCAGAAGAAGUACGAGGAGGUCAAGCCCGCUCCUGCUCCGGCUCCUGCUAAGCCCGAGGUUGUCAAGCCCGAGACUGGUAACGAAAAAUCUCCUCUUGUCCCCGUCACAGUCUCUAAGUCAGGAGCCAACUACAUUGCUGUCUCUGUCGGCACUGCUGUCUUUGCUGGCUUCGUCAGCAUGAUGCUCCUGUAG